UCUCUCUCGGCGUCUUCUUCCCUUCUUCUCAGCGGCAGCAGCGGCGCCGGCGGCGGCAUCACCAUCACCAUCAGAGCAGCAGCGAUGCCUGGUCUGGUCUCCGUCAAAACGCCACCAGAAGCGGCACCGCUCCGCCUUGUCCUUCCCAACGAUCCAAUCCAUGACCAGAUCGCCGACGCCAGAAAUCCUAAUUCCCGAUCUCCAAUCCCCAGGAAAACGCCUUCUCCGUCCCCUUCAUCGUCUUCCCGCCCAAAACCCUCCCCUAAGAAGAAAACCCCAGAAACCCCAAAAGACCACGACGAAUCCUCGCUCGACAACCCCGAUCUCGGCCCCUUCCUUCUCAAGCUUGCCCGCGAUACCAUCGCCUCCGGCGACAACCCUGCCAAGGCCCUCGACUAUGCCGCCCGCGCUUCGAAGUCGUUCGAGCGGUGCGCGCCCGAUGGCGAGCCGAGCCUUGAGCUGGCCAUGAGUCUGCACGUCGUGGCCGCGAUCUACUGCAGCCUGGGGAGGUUCGAGGAGGCGGUGCCCGUGCUGGAGCGGGCGAUUGCGGUGCCAGACCUAACCAGAGGAGUGGAGCACGCGCUUGCGGCCUUCUCCGGGUAUAUGCAGCUCGGUGACACUCAUUCGAUGCUGGGGCAGCUCGACCGGGCCGUCGCCUGCUACGACGCCGGCCUCAAGAUCCAGAUCGAGGCGCUGGGCGAGACGGAUCCGAGAGUCGCCGAGACUUGCAGGUACCUGGCGGAGGCCCAUGUUCAAGCAAUGCAAUUUGAUGAGGCAGAGGUUCUCUGCCAGAAGACCCUUGAAAUCCACCGCGAACAUAGCUCACCGGCAUCACUCGGAGAAGCUGCGGACCGCCGGCUUAUGGCCCUUAUCUGUGAGGCUAAGGGUGAAUUUGAAUCUGCCCUUGAGCACCUUGUCCUAGCCAGCAUGGUCAUGAUUGCUAAUGGCCAAGAUAGCGAGGUUGCUGCCAUUGACAUCAGCAUCGGCGACAUCUACCUCUCCCUUGGCCGCUUUGAUGAGGCUGUCUUCUCCUACCAGAAGGCCCUCACCGUCUUCAAAUCCACCAAAGGUGACAACCACCCGUCAGUUGCUUCAGUUUUUGUUCGCCUUGCCGACCUCUACUACAAGACUGGAAAGCUCCGAGAUUCUAAAUCCUACUGCGAAAAUGCCCUCAGAAUCUAUGCAAAACCUGUGCCUGGGACCACCACCGAGGAAAUUGCUGGUGGACUGACUGAGGUAUCCGCCAUAUACGAAGCCAUGAACGAACCAGAGGAGGUGUUGAAGCUCUUGCAGAAAGCAAUGAAGUUGUUUGAGGAUGUGCCUGGGCAGCGGAGCACAAUUGCGGGUAUUGAGGCGCAGAUGGGCGUGAUGUUUUACAUGGUUGGGAGAUUUGGAGAGGCUCAUAGCUCUUUUGAGAGUGCCGUGGUGAAGCUAAGAGCCGGUGGAGAGAGGAAAUCAGCAUUCUUUGGGGUCAUGUUGAACCAGAUGGGGUUGGCAUGUGUACAGCUUUAUAAGAUAGACGAGGCAGCUGAGUUGUUUGAAGAAGCAAGAGGGAUCUUGGAGCAAGAGUGCGGACCACACCAUCUGGAUACCCUUGGUGUGUACAGCAACCUUGCAGCAACUUAUGAUGCCAUGGGCAGGAUUGAAGAUGCAAUCGAGAUCUUGGAGUAUGUUCUUAAGGUGAGGGAAGAGAAACUUGGGACAGCAAACCCUGAUGUUGAUGAAGAGAAGAGAAGGCUAGCUGAGCUCUUGAAAGAAGCUGGCAGAACCAGGAACAGGAAGGCGAAAUCACUUGAAAAUCUCCUCGAUUCCAACUCCCAUAGGAUGAAGAAAGAAGGAGCGAAGAGGUGGUCUGGCUUGGGUUUCAAGACAUGAUUAAGAAUCUCUACCCCCCUCUCUCUCUCCAUCUCCCUUGCUCACUGUAACAUUCAAGCAAUGUGUAAAGGUCAGGUUUGGAAUUUGGUGGUUUUUCUGGUUUCUUUAGCUUCUAAUCCUUUAUUUGUUUAGUUUCUUUUGAUUGUUUUAUUUGAAUAUUCAUGUUAUGAUUGAAGCUCUUCAUUGUCAAAAUUUUCAGGCAUUUUGGUGAAUAAAUAUUUAAGUUUGAUCCUU